UCGUACCCUCUGUGGUCACACUGCACAUCGCAGUGUAAAUAAACAAAUGUCCGACGAGGAUGAUUAUAUGUCUGACAAAUUCCUGGCUGGCCUGCAGGACGUGCGUCCCAGCUUGGUGCACAAUCGCGGCAAGAAGCGCCAGGUCGAAAUCGAGACCAAAAAGGAGGACCUGAAGAAGCGGCAGCGAGAGGCAACCGCUGCCUGCGGAAACGUGGACAAUGCUCGACUCCAGCAGUCACUCAACAGACCACUAACCGCCGAUAACAAGGGCUUCCAGCUGCUGGCUAAAAUGGGCUAUAAAGCGGGAUCUGGAUUGGGUAAUCAGCCGGAUGCCCGUACGGAGCCUGUCGGGAUCACCAUUAAGAGCGGUCGUGGAGGCCUAGGCCGCGAAGCAGCCGUGGCCGAGUUGAACCAGAGGCGGCAAGAACUACGCAGAGCCCAUCUCCUCAGCAAGGCCGGCAUUGAGUCCCGGGAGGAAAUCAGCACGGAAGCUUACAGACGAAGAGCGACUCACAAAGCGGAGGAGCGCAAACUCCAGUUCGACAUAAAGCGUUGUCAGCAAACCUGCGAGUCCUUGGAUCUUAAAUCCGGUAUUACAGAACCAGAUCUGGAGUUCUUUUGGCCACCUAAGCCAAAAGACGAAGAAGAAUCAGAAAGCGAAGGCGAACCGGAGGUGGUGGAGGAGCCAGCCAAGGAAGAACCAUACACUCCAUCGGAGCAACUAAAACUCCUCACUGGCUACAUGCGCACCGCCUACUGCUUCUGCUACUGGUGUGGAACACACUACGAAGACACCGAAGAUCUAAGCACCAACUGUCCAGGACUCACACGAGACGAUCACUAGUCCCAGCAAAAAAUAAAAACAA